AUGCUGGACUAUUCACUCCAUCCCAUGAUUCAGUGCCUCUUACUCUGCUUGUGGUUGUUGAACAGUUGGCACCGAGUGGCUGGCUCUAUUGGCGAUGGCAGGCUGAUGUGGCAGAAGCCCAAGCCGAUUCCUAUCAGUCUAGAACAAUCCCUUCUUCAUGAUACUUUUCCACCAGGAUUCCUCUGGGGGUCUGGGACAUCCGCCUUCCAGACUGAAGGAUCCUGGGAUCAGGAUGGAAAGGGUGCAUCCAUCUGGGACCAUUUCACCCAAUCCAAGAUGGACAAUGUGGCCAGCGACAGCUAUACUCACUGGGAAGACGAUGUUCAGGCGCUUGAGUAUCUGGGGGUGAAAUCCUACUCUUUCUCCCUCUCCUGGCCCCGACUGUUCCCAGAUGGGAACGCUAAAAGUCCUCCCAUUGAACCUGCUGUGGAGCACUACAACCGCCUCAUAAAUAGGCUGGUGGAAAAGCAAAUUGAACCCAUCGUUACCAUCCAUCAUUGGGAUCUGCCGCUGGUCCUGCAGGAGACGUAUGGAGGAUGGAAAAACGACACACUUAUCAGAUUGUUUGGGGACUACGCAGCCUUUUGCUUCCGCACAUUUGGGGACCGCGUUAGAUACUGGCUAACAAUGCAUAACCCCUAUCUGGUGGCUGUGCAGGGCUAUGGCAUGGGGGUGCAUGCUCCUGGGGAAACAGGGGGGCUUGCUGCCUCUCUUGUUGUGGCCCACAACUUGAUCAGGGCACAUGCCAAUGCCUGGCACACCUAUGAUAUCCACUACCGCCCAGCGCAGAAGGGUAAAGUGUCCAUUGUUUUGGGUUCCCACUGGGUAGAACCGCAAAAAGGCCAACCCACAGCCACCGAUGUCCAUCUUUGUCAGCAGUCGAUGGAAGCUGUUCUUGGCUGGUUUGCCAAUCCCAUUUUAGGUGAUGGAGAUUAUCCAUCUUCUUUGAAAAUCAAGCACGAUGGCCUCCUGCCUGUGUUCUCUAACGAGGAGAAGCUGUGGGUGAAGAAAACAGCAGACUUCUUUUCUCUGUCCUUUGGGCCAAACAACCUCCGUUUGGGACGCAACCUGCCCCACUUUGGCCAGGCUGUGUCUCCAGAUCUGAGGCGCAUCCUGGGCUGGAUUAAGAUGGAGUAUGGGGACUUGCAAAUUCUUGUGGCUGAGGGUGGAUGGUUCUCUGAAGCUAGUGUGGGAAGAGAAGACACAGUGGCGAUUUACUUGAUGAAAAGAUUUAUCAACAACGUAUUACAAGCUGUCCGGUUGGAUGGGAUUCGGUUGCUAGGCUACACUGCAUGGUCACUGGUAGACGGCUUUGAAUGGAACUACAAUUACUCAGUCCGCCGGGGCCUUUUCUAUGUUGACUUCACUCAUCCUAAUCGAACCAGGACUCCCAAAACCAGUGCACAGUAUUACAGACAGGUUAUUGCUGACAAUGGCUUCCCCCGAGUGGAACCCUCCAGCGAGGUUAAAGGUCAUUUCCCCUGUGAUUUUCAAUGGGGUAUUGCUGACUCCACCUUGCAGGUUCGCUUUCACCCCUUCUCCCCUCAAUUCACAGAUCCCAAUGUGUACAGUUGGAACUGGACAGGCGAUGGAUCAUUGCAUGCAAUCCCAGGAGUAAAGCUUCACGCUAAGCGUUCCCAGUGCACAGACUAUCUGGCCAUCCGGAAUCAUCUUAAACUGUUUGCAUCUACUGGGGCGACGCACUACCGCUUUGCUCUAAACUGGUUUCUGAUAUUACCACAUGGAGACCUUUCUAGUGUGAAUGUGGAGGCACUAAGGUACUACCGGUGUGUCCUCACCGAGCUGAAGAGACUGGACCUUGAGGCUCUUGUUAUCCUCUACUACCCGACGCGCAAAGCUCCACAUCUGGGCUUGCCUGGCAUCCUGCAUGCCUCUGGAGGUUGGCUCAACUACAGCACAGUGGAGGCCUUUCAGGAAUAUGCAUCACUAUGCUACCAAGAGCUAGGCUCCUUGGUCCGUUACUGGAUCACGGUGAAUGAGCCUAACAGACUGACAGACAUUUAUUCCGAUGCGAAUGAGCAACAUCGGGCUGCCCAUAACCUCCUAUUGGCUCACGCAAAAGCCUGGCGACUCCAUGAGCGCAUGUCCUCUCGUCAGCAGGGAGCUAUGGUGUCCCUGGCGCUUCACGCUGACUGGGCUGAACCUGCAAACCCCUUCCUUCUACAGUCGCAUGCAGCGGCGGUAGAGCGAUUCCUUCUUUUUGAACUUGCUCGUUUCCUGGACCCGUUGUUGAGUACUGAUGAUGAGGAGAAGCAGGGCAAAGGAGACUACCCACUUGAAAUGAAGGCUUACCUGAAAGAGAGAGCCCGACUUAUGGGCCAACCCAGCUCUCCUCUUCCUACUUUUACCAAAUCUGAAAGGGAGGAGCUCAAAGGUGCAUUGAGUUUCAUUGCGAUAAAUCAUUUCACCACCCGCUUGGUCUCUCCAAAUACUGGACAGCAAAACCAACCUGGCAAUCAUGACUGUCUUAUCCUCUCCGAUCCCACCUGGCCCUCCUCCAAUAUGGGCCAAGCUAUAGUGCCUUGGGGGCUGCGAAAGAUCCUGAUGUGGGUGACUGAGCGAUAUGGAGGCGCUCGGCCUAUCAUUAUCACAGCAAGUGGGGUUGAUGACCAGGCUCCUAUAGAGGAUACCAUGAGACAACACUAUCUAAAAACUUACCUGCAGGAGGCUCUUAAAGCACGCCAGUUGGAUGGAGUCAACCUAUGGGGCUUCUAUGUGUGGAAGUUACAGGAUGAUCAUAUACCUCAGUAUGGUCUUUUCAGCUCAACCCACCACCAGUCGAAAGCAAAGGCCUCCAUUGACGUCUACAAACAAAUCAUUACUCGGAGCGGUUUCCCCAAAGACGCUACCUUGCACACGUGUCGCUCCAGUGAGGUCAGACCAGCGUGUUCCUUCUGCGUGUGGGUGUCCAAGAACAAGGCGCUGACGGUCUUUGGCUGCUGCCUCAUGCUCACAGCUGUCAUCUUCACUGCACUGGUCUUCUCCACCGUCAUCACCAGGAGAAAUUACAUGAAGGGUCGAAAGAGCAGAGUGAAUAUUAUGAGCAGGAGAAGAAGAGGGAGGGGCAGUAGUCUGCUCAUGUAGGCCUGUUGUCAAGCAUUAAACACUGGGCAUACUUAUACCGUACAUUGAUGGAGGGGCUUUAAAAUGGGUCCUUCGGGGUCUGCAAAAAAAAAAAUAGCAAAUCGCAUAUAUGCCGGCGGAUCCUGAUAUUGUCCAAUUUUCUGAGAGAAUAAAGGCAUAUUUCCACAAUGAAAGGCA